CAAGCACAAAAUUUGCGUUCAGGCUGCGUUCUAUCAUAGUAAAUUAAUAAGAGUGUAACCUAUCCUUUUAAGAAAUCAAAAUUUAAAGCCUGCGCACUCCAGUCAACGUUCCGGAACCAAACACCGGCGCCAAGACGCGACUAUCGUGCCGUCAGUCGACAUGCUGCAGAAGACAAAUGUACAGCUCUAUGGAGGAAACACGUGGAAAUGUGUUGUUUUUCGUAGUCGCGAUCAUAUCUGCGAUGCCAUCAUCCUCGGUGUCUUCGCUAUUAGAAUAUCCAAGUUUUAGAUCGCCUGUAUCAAAUCUCACAGUAGCCGUUGGUAGAGAAGCUGUCCUUAACUGUGCUGUAGAUAACUUAAGUCCAUACAAAGUAGCGUGGCUAAAAGUGGAUACACAAACAAUACUUACAAUACACAACCACGUUAUUACUAAGAACAAUCGUAUAGGUGUAUCAAAUAGCGAGAGGAACAUCUGGCAUCUCCACAUCAAGGAUGUUCGUGAGUCUGAUCAAGGAUGGUACAUGUGUCAAAUCAACACGGACCCAAUGAAAAGCCAAGUUGGUUAUCUGACUGUUGUUGUUCCGCCAGACAUUCUAGACUAUCCAACGAGUACAGACAUGGUGGUAGAUGAAGGUUCAAAUGUAAGCCUUCAAUGUGUCGCCAAGGGCUCACCAGAACCAUCCAUCAUGUGGAAAAGAGAAGAUGGAGAAAAAAUAAGAUUUCAGAAUGGAUCUGAAGUUCCCAGCACAACUGGACCAAUACUGAAUAUUACCAAUGUAAAAAGAGACCAUAUGGGACCAUACCUUUGCAUCGCCACGAAUGGAAUUCCUCCAUCAGUUAGCAAAAGGAUAAAGCUAGUUGUCCAAUUUGCUCCCUCAGUAUACAUUCAGUACCAAUUAAUUGGCGCCUAUGAUGAUCAGCAAGUAACACUGGAGUGUUUCUCGCAAGCUUUUCCAAAGUCAAUAAACUAUUGGACUAAGGACACUGGAGAAAUUAUUCCACAUAGUAAUAAAUUUGUUCCUGAAAUAAUCGAAGAGGGAUACAAAGUAACAAUGAAGCUUAGAAUUAACAUUUUAGAACCAAAAGACUACGGAGUUUAUAAAUGUAUAUCAAAAAAUUCUCUUGGAGAUAUGGAAGGGACAAUAAAUGUUUAUAGAAUUCCUAAUCCAAAUCAGUAUCUUCAUACGAAUAAAAAACAGCAAAGUGAAGAUAACACCCCAUUUGACAGUAACAAUUACAAAUAUUUUGACGAUGUAAGAAAAUCUCGAAACGACACAUCAAAGAGAAUUAGUUUAGAAGAAACCAUAGAUCUACAAAGCUACCACAGCCCCAAUUCUGCUCAUCAUGUCUCCGAUAUAAAUGGUUUUAUACAUUUAUUUUUAAUUUCACUUGUAAUUAUAAUGCAAUUUACUCAUCAAUUCCCUACACAUAUCCUUAUGAACAUAUCAUAAUUAAAACUUGGAUUAUCUCUCCCCAUAUCAUCAGAUAGGAUUGUGGCUAUUUUUGUACGCUUGUGAUUAGUAUAGUGUUAAGUAUUAAAAAAUGCCCCAUCAUAUAUUAUAGGAAUAUGUCUAACAUUGUAAUGUAUAUAUUUUAAUGUAAUAAAUAAAAUUUUGAAACAGUU